CCUCCUCCUCCGCCGCCGCCGCCGCCGCCGCUUCCCUCGCCGGGCUGACCUCGAUCUCUGUGGCCCAGAUUCCUGCCUUUGGGCAGCUUCCGAGCUCCGAGCCCCCCUCCGGAGUCCCGGCCUCCCUGCAGAGCAAAGACUUGUGCGGCGGGGGCACCAAGUGCAGCGAGCGAGCGGCGCCCAGGUUUCGCUGUACAGCGGAGGAGCUGGACUAUUACCUGUACGGACAGCAACGCAUGGAGAUCAUCCCCCUGAACCAGCACACCAGUGACCCCAACAACCGAUGUGACAUGUGUGCUGAUAACCGCAAUGGUGAGUGCCCCAUGCACGGGCCACUUCACUCUCUGCGCCGCCUAGUGGGCACUAGUAGUGCUGCAGCUGCAGCACCUCCACCUGAGAUUCCUGAAUGGCUCAGGGACCUGCCUCGGGAAGUGUGUCUGUGUACGAGCACUGUGCCUGGUCUGGCCUAUGGCAUCUGCGCUGCUCAGAGGAUCCAGCAGGGCACCUGGAUUGGACCUUUCCAGGGAGUUGUGCUUCUGCCAGAGAAGGUUCAAACGGGAGCCAUCAGGAACACACAGCACCUCUGGGAAAUAUAUGACCAAGAUGGGACACUACAGCACUUUAUUGAUGGUGGGGAACCCAGUAAGUCAAGUUGGAUGAGGUAUAUCCGAUGUGCAAGGCACUGUGGGGAGCAGAACCUAACAGUAGUUCAGUACAGGUCAAAUAUAUUCUACAGGGCCUGUAUAGAUAUCCCCAGAGGCACUGAACUGCUGGUGUGGUACAAUGACAGCUACACAUCUUUCUUCGGAAUCCCUUUACAGUGUAUUGCACAGGAUGAAAACUUGAAUGUCCCAUCGACUGUAAUGGAGGCCAUGUCCAGACAAGACACCCUACAGCCAUUUAACAAAAGUAGCAAACUACCCCCUGCCACUCCACAGCGAUCCAUAGUAUUUCCACAGACUCCAUGUAGCAGAAAUUUUUCUCUUCUGGAUAAGUCUGGGCCCAUCGAGUCAGGAUUUAACCAAAUCAGUGUCAAAAACCAACGAGUUCUUGCAAGCCCAACUUCAACGAGCCAACUAAAUUCUGAGUUCAGUGACUGGCAUCUUUGGAAAUGUGGGCAAUGCUUUAAGACUUUCACCCAGCGGAUCCUCUUACAGAUGCAUGUGUGUACGCAGAACCCUGACAGAAACUCCCAACAAUCCCAUUUGGGGGGCUCCAGAAAGGGACCCUAUCAGUGUGGCCACUGCUCUCAAUCCUUCUCCCAACCUUCAGAACUAAGGAACCACGUAGUUACCCAUUCCAGUGACAGACCUUUCAAGUGCGGCUAUUGCGGUCGUGCCUUUGCUGGUGCUACAACACUCAACAAUCAUAUCCGAACGCAUACAGGGGAAAAACCCUUUAAGUGCGAGAGGUGUGAGAGGAGCUUCACACAAGCCACCCAGCUGAGUCGACACCAGAGGAUGCCCAAUGAGUGCAAGCCAAUAACAGAGAGCACAGAAUCAAUUGAAGUGGAUUAACUGAUUGACUGGUUGGAAUUAAACUGCAAGGAAAGUCAUGAUUAAAUGUCACGGACACUUAAGCAAAACCAAAGAUUUCCUCUGAACAACUUUCAAUCAGUCCCAGAAAACCAAAAGCAGUAAUAAAAUAAGUAAGAUGUUAAGAGAUAUUGAUCCUGGCAUGGAAGUAAGACCAGGAAAGAGAUUAUUUAUUUAUGACUAGGGAUGAGACUUAUUUCAAUGGACAAAUAACCUGGGAUGGCUAACAUUUCAAGUCCCACCAUGUAUUGCUUUAUUUCUAAAAGCCUUUAUAAUUGUUAUUUAAUACCAAAGCAAGGAAUCUCACGGGUUCUUCUGCCUAUAGUUAUGACUGCGAAUGCACAUGGACUUUAUUGUUGCACCUUUUUUUGGAGCAUGACUCAAAGGACCCAGAAAUAGUCCUUAUAUUUGGUGGGGUGGGUGGGUUUUGACAUGGCUAUAACAGAAAUUCUUGUGUCUGAAUGGUGCAAUGGAAAGUGAUCUAGAACCAUAUCUGAAUCAGUGCCCCAUUUCUCAGACCAAAGGUCAUUUUAUUUUCAUGGUUCCAGACCUUACAUUUUUUGCAUACUUUUCCAUGUACAGUUAGACAGUUUUGUCCUGUCACAAAAGUUCCAGGAAAAAACAAACCAGAAAUAUUUUGCAUAUCUAUAGAUAUACAGUUGUGUAAGACUACCACUACGGAAAAUAAUGUGACACUAGAGCUUUGAAACACAAUAUCACUGUUUAGAAGGAGAAAGUGUUUUCACUCAAACUCUAAUGUUAAUAAACUCUCUGUUUGAAAGUCGUACAGUGAGAAGCAAACCAAAAGAGAUUAGGUUUUAUUUGAAUGCACAGAUAUUUGUACCUUAUCAGCUCAGGUUCGUUUGAAAGCAAUCCCAGGUCACUUGAAACUUUCAAUUCAACCAGUUUCAAAAUUGUAACAAAACCUGAAUUCAGGUGUCCUGCAUGUAUUCAAGUGUCACUGCAGUUACUUUAGAGAGCUCUACCUAAUUUUCAUUUAAGCCAAGAGCUUAAUUCCCAUUAAUGCUGAAGAAAAGAUGUCAUCAUAAAGAUAUAUAUAGGCAAUAAUAUCAAGUACUGAAUGUAUAUGAACAUGGAAAAGGCUAAACUCCUUUAGGCUAUGUACUUUCUGAACUGCCACUGCUAAUGCGAUGUGCUUUUAUUGGCAGUUGCACACAUUAGGUGAAAUCUCGCCCCAUUGGAGGCAAUGAAAAUUUUGCUGUCAAUUCAGUAAGUCCAGGCUUUUAUCAUUAAUCCUUAAAGCACUUGGGAUUAAAACUAUAUCCCUUUUGAACCCAGUUCAUAUUUUUUUAAAGUAAAUGCUUGUGUGAUUAAGUCCUUUGUGGAUGGGGGGGUAUUUGUUGCAUCUUAUUCACCUUCAAAGAAAGGGCCAGUCUCCUGAGCUGGUAGGCACUGGUGCAACCGUCAUAUCGUCUCCUCAAAUAUUAGGCAGCGCACCUUCAUCAGUUUAAGGGCUUCUAUUCAAAAAACAGAUUGAGCAAAACAUUGCCUUUUUAAAUCAAAUACCACCAAGCAGGACUUCUCACCUUUCUUUCCACACGGCUCUGUUGAUGUUUCUAUGUGUUAUUCUAAGACGGUAAAAAAGAUGAGCGCAGAGUAACUUCCUACCAUUAUUUAUAAAUACAAAGGGUGAAUCCUGGUCUCACUGAUGUCAAUGUCAAUAUACCUGCUAAGUCCAUGAUUUUACAGUACACAAGCUUUCUUUAGCAGCUAGCUGCACAUUGGAAUACCACUAGGAAAAUGGUACUUCAGUGCUUGUACACAUAGGAAUGCAGGAUUCCAGUGCUGAAGGAAGGAGAAUUUAGGAAAAAAAGGAGGUGGUAUUGGCAAAUGACGGGCAAUAAGUUGAUAGAAACACAGCCCACUCCUAGGUCUGACCUAUCUUUUGGUGCUAACAUUUUGUUUUUGUUAAAACUCUUGCAAUUAUGAUUGUAUUUUAAGAGAUGACUGGUCAUUUGUAGCCAUGUGUUCUUCCUGUCUUAUUGCUGGCAAUAGUAUACACACCAUAAAAGUUCACAGACAAGAUACUGUGUACUGUGUGUGUGUUAGCUUUUAUAUUAUUUUUUACCAUUUCAGCCAUAUUGGUGCGGCCUUGCAGUAAGGGUUGUCUAAAAUAUUCACAGCGUCAUUUGAAAACCUCAACAAUUCUUUAGAUGUGUUCAAUUUAACAAAAAAGUCUAAAUUUUCUGGGCAAAUUUUCACUAAAAAUAGUCCUUUUUGAAGGGUCAACCUUGACAUGUUUUAAUUUCAGAAUUUUAAUAAAAGCUCAAUUUUCACAUUUAAUUUUAAAUGUUCUCCAUUUCAUUGUGAACACUGCAAUUUUAAGAAAAUGAUUGAGAGGAGAGCUGGGGGUACAGGGAAGAGAGAUGUCAUGAAUGCAAAAUUGCAAUUUUGUUGUGUGAAAUUUUAUGAAGAAAAAUAGAUUCAUUCUGUUUGUCUGGUCCUAUUUCCCAAGUUGUUUGUAGGUACUCAAUUAUAAAAUCAGAAAGUAGCAGAAAUUUAGUAAAAAGGCAUGUUCCACGUGAGUUUUCCAGUCCUGUUUCUAUACCAAAGAUAUUUGGAUAAACGUGAGUAAAAUUCCAACUUUAUGGAUGCUUAUUCGGAUUUAUCCUUUACCUUUUUUGCAGUUCUAAUAUAGUAUUCAUUUGAUUUUUCUAUGGGAUAAAAGCAAAGUAACACAGAUAAGUAGGUAUCAAAUAUUACAAUUUAGAGGUCAGAAAUUAGGCAUUUCAGAAAUUAGGUUUUAUUCAAAUGAGUGAUUGGCUUAAGCAGCAAAGUACAGAACCAAAUCUGUAUUAUCUUAACAUUUGGGAGUGUUUGGAUUGGGCCCAUCAUCUCUAUGUAAGAGAGAUGGAGAUCAGGAUAAUUUCUAAACCUUUUAGCUCAGCUCUGUGAUACCACGAUGUGCACACAUUACUCUAGCUUAGUAAAUCAUAUGAUACAAUCCCAAUAUAAUGCAACAGUCCUAUUAAAUCUUCAGAGUAAAAUUCUCCUGGCUUUUGUAAAUUAUGAAUGCAGAGAUUAGUAGUUUUUUCAUCAAAGUUAGGUAAGAAAUGAGAUCUGCUAAAUUGACAGGCAAAUGGGAGCUAUGUGUUGUAUCAGCAAACUAUGUCUUUGUGUUAUCGAAGUAUUCACUCAUUUUUCUACAAUUUGAAAUAAGUUCUAGUUCAGACCACUCAGUACCACAUAGGAUCAGGACAUGCUUUGCAGUAGUUAUAAGGGCCUGUGCAGAAAAGCACUUAAACAGCUUAAAGAUGUGCAUAACUCCAUUGCUAUAAAGUGAUGGCCUUAACCAUGAGUUUAAAAUUGUGCUAAAGUGCUUUUCCUGAAUAUGGCCCAAAAGAUUUGAAGACUAACUUCUUUCAUUUAGGCAUUUGCUGGGAUUUGUUUUUAAACAUACCAGUGAAAAGCAUAUUUUUGCAGGAAUAAUUUUGUAAUUCCAAAGGACAUUUUUUAAAAUUUGCUUACUGUAUUCACUAUGUUGUGGCUGAUUUGCAAGCACAUUUUUAAUUGUUGCAUUGUCGCUUUACUAAAGACACUUUCAUAAUAUAAUUGGCAGCAUACAAAUGCAAUUCAGUGCAAAAAAAUUUGAUUUCAUGUGUUUUCAGAGUGAAUGUUUUGCUCUCUGUGCAAAUAGAGUGUAUUCUAUUACAAUAUAGUAAAUGUAAAAUCACCCUUGAGAGUAUUGACAAGCAAAACGCAUCCUGAAUUGAACGAAAUACAAUCUAGUUGCUUUCUACUCUUACUGAAUCUUGAGUGAGUUUCUUUUCGGGUAUUGAUGGAGUAAUUACGCUUUUGGGUCCAUUAAGAAUAUAUUCUUACAUGCUCGAAUGCAGUGAAUUAAAACAGUUAGCAAGGUAUGAUUACCUCAAACAAUAGUAAUUCUGUGCCUAUCAUUUCUGGAUUUCUGAAAUUGUUGAGAUUUCCAAUUUGAAGUUUGGUAAAUAUGGACAAGUACUCUUUGAAUACUGCCGAAUCCAAAAUCUUUUAUGAUUCAUUUAAAAUUGUAUGUAUUUCUAAUGUUCACAUACACAGAGUGAAGUCUCUCUCUCUCUCUCUCUCACAUCUACACACACACACACACACACACACACACACACACACACACAGACCUCUCAGAAAAUCUUCAGGCACUCUUAAGAAAUCGCAGUUGACAAAUAACAUGAACUUUUUAGAUAUCAAAAUGCAUAAUUUCCUUUUCGGAGGGAAAAAACAGAGCUUUGAACCAUGUAACAAUUACAGCACAUUAGAUACUGAAACCUAAAAGGCUCUGAUGUUUGGUAUACUUCUCUCUUAUUUUAAAUUGUUAUAUAUCCAUUGUAUGGUGCCAUUAGGAUGUAUGAUGUGCCAAACAGAUGUGGUUUCUAAACAAUAACUAUUUGAAAAUAAAAAAGCAGUGAGUCCUCACUACUUUUACAAGUUAUUUAUUGCUAUGACUUACUUUAAAUUUAUCAUUAGUGCUCUUUUUUGUUGCAUCCAAAUACCGUGUGUAUGUUGCCAUAAAAUAAAACAUUUUGAGAUUGUGCUGUCUUUUUCCUCUGAUUUGUCUCAUUUUUUAAAAGUUAGACAUCAUCAAUCCAAUCUACAAAAGGGCAAAUAGUCAUGCAGUAAGUGUACAGUAUGCUGGAAGGGUUCUCUGUUGUAAUAAGAAUAAUAAUGACACUGUACUUAGAAUGGUAAACAGCUUGCUUGCAUUUUUUAAACUUCAUAAAAUUGCGUCUUUUUUUUUUUUUUUUACUGCAAAGGACCAAUUAAGUCAUGCAUGUAGCUGUAUUCUUGUGAUAUAAACUGUAAAGAUUACCAUUGUGUUUAAAUGAAAAAGGCACACAUUUAAAGACAAGACAAAGAAAUGUAAAUAUAUUUGAUUAAUAAAA